GUUCCUGGGUCAGUGGGUGCCGAAUGCAACUGGACCCCGGUGGGUGGCCGGGAGGAGGAGGAGUGGGAGGAGGUGGGGUUUUCCUUUCCGCCCAUCGGCCCACGACUAGGAGUCUGGAGUCUGAAGGACACCAAGGGAGAAGAAGGCAGAAAAAAGGACGAACUGAGCCGGCAUGUUAGAACGACAUCUGAGGCAUAUGGUUCGUUCGAAGGAAGUUUGUAUCUCUGUACGUACUGGGAUAGACGCUGUGAUUCUCUCUUGUUGGUCUUUCUCACUCUCUCACUUCCUCCAUGUCAUCGUCUCACAACCUCUCAUCUCAUCCUAUUCUUUCAUUGCAGCCGCCCCCCGGCAGAUUGCGCCCAAUGCGGCUAUAGUGCGAAUGCAGACCGAUCCCUCCUACCGCGUCCCAGAACCUUUGAUAUCGGUCUUGUCGCAAUGCAGAAGGUAGACCUCCCUGUCACAAGGGUUGCACUGGUGUCUCCGGACGCACAAGCAGAGGAGGGAGGGUGACGGGCUGGAGGUCCAGCCCUGAACAUGAUCAUCCCUGCCACCUCAACUCUGAAUCCAGAAAGGGGAAGCUCACUGGUUCGACUGGCCCAGCACCAUCUCGGCCUCCCAUCUAUGUUAGGCGCAUGGGGGAUCUCUGCUGUUACCUGUAUCCUCGGGAUCGUCUCGUGGCGAAACUGGGACCACCGUCGUGUCCGUUCGUUGCUAGGCCGUUGGAAACCCUUGGCUCCACCGUCGAUAAGCAUCCGGUUGUGUGACAAGGAUGGCCGCCUCGUGGCUCUUGGAUAUUAAAAGGUCGAGAUGUCCUCGGUUCCCUCCACCCGCCUUUCGUCUCUUUCUCGGUCACUGGCAACUUUCCAGCCCAAGCGUCCACGGGUCCACCGAAUCAAGCUUCUACAACCUUUUCAAGGUGAAGAAUACUGACCCAGUGCAUCAAAAUGUCCGACAUUCGUGAAGAACGGGCCCCCGUCCACCAGGGCGGUGUGGUCUCGAACGAGAAGGUCUCGACCGAAAAGACUGCUCCUAUCGUCGAUGCCCACCCCGAUGGUGCCGACUACAACGAACACGUUGAGCACGACUUCAACGUCACCGAGGAUGAUUUGCUCGAGGCCAAGGAGCUCGCCUCGCAGAUGUCCCUCGAGGAGGUCCGCGAGAUGAUGUUCAACGUCCACAAGAUCCACGAGAAGGACCCCAACUUCCCCAUCGCCAUUAUCGAGAAGAUUGAGGACUUCCUCCACAACGAUGAUGUCUUUGAGAACCCCGAGAAGCACGAGACUCUCAUUCAGGAGAUGAAGCUCGAGGCCGCCCUCAUCACCGGUAACUCGCCCUACGCCGAGGUCCGCGCCGUCGUCGACAACCACGACGACCCCACCAUGCCCAGUUCGACCCUCCGCGCCUGGGUUAUCGGUCUCGUCUUCUCUGCUCUGCUCGCCUUCGUCAACCAGCUCUUCUCGGUCCGCUACCCGUCCAUCACCAUUCUGGCCAAUGUUGCUCAGUUGCUCGCCUACCCCUUGGGUAAGCUGUGGGAGAAGUCUCUCCCCGAUGUUGGAUUCACCGUCGCCGGCCACCGUUACUCGCUGAACCCCGGCCCGUUCAACCGCAAGGAGCACAUGCUCAUCACCAUCAUGGCCAACGUCGCCUACAACAUCCCCUACACCAACUACAUCAUCUGGACGCAGUGGCUGCCCAAGUUCUUCAAUCAGAGCUACGCUGCCAACUUUGGCUACCAGCUUCUCAUCUCCUUGUCGACCAACUUCAUCGGAUACGGUCUUGCGGGUCUCUGCAGAAGAUUCCUUGUCUACCCCUCGUACUGUGUGUGGCCGGCAUCCUUGGUCACCAUUGCCCUGAACUCUGCUUUCCACACCGACAAGAACUCCACCGUCGAUGGCCCCUUCAACAGCAUCUGGCGCUGGAGCAGACAGAAGUUCUUCUACAUCACCUUUGCCGCCAUGUUCGUCUGGUUCUGGUUCCCCAACUACCUGUUCACGGCUCUGUCCACCUUCAGCUGGAUGACCUGGAUCGCCCCCAAGAACCGCAACCUCGCGACAAUCACUGGCUUCAACAGUGGUCUUGGUCUCAACCCCUUCCCCACCUUUGACUGGAACAUCCUGUUGUACGACAACACCGACCCUCUCAUGGUCCCCUUCUUCUCCACCUUCAACAAGUUCCUCGGCACCUUCAUCUCCAUGUUCGUCGUCUUGGCUGUUUGGUACACCAACACCUACAACACCGGAUACCUGCCCAUCAACUCCAACAAGGUCUACGAUCACUUUGGCUCUCUGUACAACGUCUCCCGCGCCGUCAACGAGCACGGUCUGUUUGACAAGGAGGCGUACGAGGCGUACUCUCCCCCCUUCUUGGGCGCUGCCAACGUCAUGAUCUACAUGUUCUUCUUCGCCAUCUACACCGCCACCAUCACCUACGCCGCUCUCUACCACCGUCACGAGAUUGCCCUUGGCUUCAAGGCUCUCAUCGGUAGCUUCAGGAAGAACAGCGACAUUGAGAAGGACCAGGUCCUUGACGUCCACAGCCGUCUGAUGAAGGCGUACCCCGAAGUCCCCGAAUGGCACUACCUCACCGUUCUCGUCAUCGCCAUUGCGUUGGGCUGUGCUGGUAUUGCUGGUUGGCCCACGUACACCACCGUCGGUGUCGUCUUCUAUGGUAUCAUUCUCUGCAUGAUCUUCGUCGUGCCGGUCGGUAUCAUCAAGGCCAUGACGGGUAUCGAGGUCACCCUGAACGUGCUUGCCGAGUUCAUCGGUGGUUCCUGGGUCGAGGGCAACGCCCUGGCCAUGAACUACUUCAAGUCCUUUGGCUACGUCACUUGCGCUCACGCCGUCUGGUUCUCCAACGACUUGAAGCUUGCCCACUACGUCAAGAUCCCCCCUCGCCACACGUUCUGGGCUCAGAUCGUCGCGACUUUCGUGUCCACCCUCGUCUGUCUCGCCGUCCUGAAGUUCCAGAUGUUCAGCAUCCCGGGUAUCUGCACCGAGGACGCCAAGUUCAAGAUGACCUGCCCCGGUAUCAACACCUUCUUCACCGCUUCUGUCCUUUGGGGUACCGUCGGUCCCAAGAAGAUUUGGGGUGCUGGCGGCCAAUACACUGCCACCCUCCUCGGCUUCCCCCUCGGUGUCGCCAUCGUUCUCUUCUUCUGGAGCUUGAACAAGUUCUUCCCCAAGUGGAAGUGGGUUCGCCAGAUUCACCCCGUCGCCAUCAUGUACGGAGGUCUCGUCUGGGCCCCUUACAACAUGUCCUUCGUCUGGCCCUCCGUCCCCAUUGCCUACUUCUCCUGGGUCUACCUCAAGAGCCGCUUCUUGGGUCUGUGGUCCAAGUACAACUUCGUUCUCUCCGCCGCUUUCUCUUGCGGUAUUGCCAUCUCCUCCAUCAUCAUGUUCUUCGGCCUUCAAUGGCAGGACAUCGAGGUCGACUGGUGGGGCAACUCAGUCGUCAGCCAGGGCUGCGAAGGCAAAGCUUGCCGUCUGCUUACUCUUGCAGAGGGCGAGUACUUCGGUCCCCGCAUUGGAGACUUCCACUAGACGUGGAGUUUUCCUUCGUGUUGCGCAACCAAGUUGUGCUUGUGGCUUUUUGUUUCGAAUUUCAGCGCAUGUAUGAUGUGAUGAAAAGAACGUGGGGACUAGAGACAUCGUGGACUCGUACCUAGAAGCGGUGUUUAUAAUCAGCGGAUGUAACGAUUUGAAGGAUGAAGAAAUACCCAACCAUUCAUUUAUGACUUAGUGGAAGAAUGCUAUACCCCCAUUGAGCAAGCUCAGUUUCGCCUUUACCCAAUGUUUCUUGAUGUUGUGUCAUGCGUCUCGAGGUGAGGCCAAUUCGGUCAUUCUGUUUAGGCAUCCUCAUCUUACCGCCACGUCGAUCCAGCAACACCG